CAGUAGAUUGACAUAUUAACAGGGCUGUACUGUGCUUUUGACAAAAUAAUAUCGCAGACGGUCGGAUACGUGGACAGUUUAUUUUGAUUCAUUUUUCACCUGUACUUUCAUUGUUACAGUUUGAAAUUGAAAAAUGAACGAAGCCGACAUUCCCAUUGACAUCCAUGCCGGAAAGCUGUUAGAUUGGCUAGUGUCGCGUCGGAUUGUGAAUAAAAAUUGGCAUCAAUAUGUUCGCGAAGUUCGUAGUAGAAUCAGCAAUGCUCUUACGGAUAUGCCAGCCCACGAUGGGCUUGUUCAGUUGCUGAAGGGAGCUCACAUAAACUACUUCCACUGUCAGCAAAUAAUUGACAUCCUUAAAACAACGGAAGCCGAUUCUCGAAAUGUGUUCGGUCGUUACGGUAGCCAACGAAUGAAGGACUGGCAGGAGAUAUUGAGACUGUACGAGAAAGACAGCAUGUAUUUGGCCGAGGCCGCACAAAUACUAGUUAGGAACAUCAAUUACGAAAUUCCCGGCAUUCGGAAACAGAUAAAACAUUUUGAGCAGUUGGGAGUUGACUCGGACAAGAAAAUCGUCGAUCUGCAGCGAUCGGAACGCGCUGUUUAUGGAGAAUACAAGGCAUUGUGUAAACAACUUGGUAUUGAAGGGGAAAACGUUCGACAAGAACUCGUAACAAAAGUUGUGGAGUUACCUGAAAUGUUGAACAAGAUUACUGCCACCGUUCCAGAGCUGAAAAAAGCAAUUGAACUGUAUACGGCUUUCCUAGGGAAUGAAGGAUGUCUAUCGGUUCUACGGCAUGUGGCCAACGCAGGUAAUACGACGGUUUACGAAUUUCUCUAUUCGGAAUCACCGCUCUCGAUUGAAUUACCUCCACUGAAAUUCGUUGCGGACGAAAAAGCUGCCGUUGUGCAGAAUGAUGUGAUCGAUUUCGGUGACAAUCAAGGAGGUAUUGAUUUUGGUAAUGACGCUGAAAUAGAUUUCAAUAUUGAUACGGGUGAUGUUAAUCUCGAGGUUGGCGAAAUUGAUUGGGGAGCUUCGGAGGAUCCCGGCCUUGAAGCACCGGCGGAAAUUGAUUUUAACUUAUCACUAGAAGAGAGCGGCAUCGUUGUCGAAAGUGACGGUAAUGCCGGGGGAGUUGCGAAGGGCGAUGAAGCGUAUAGUAUAUGCGACUCGCCGGUUUAUCGGGAACGGUUCAUUAACGAUUUGCUAGAAUUGGAAUCAUUUCUCAAGAUGCGGUUGUACGACCUAAACGCAGCGGAAAGUGAACACAUAUUAUCGUUAACAAUGAUGGAUAACUAUCCGGACCACGACGUGAAGAGUCUCACGCAAAUGCUAGCGCAGGUCGACGUGUUGUAUAGCAAUAUUGAUAGCAAACAAAUUCAGCAACUGCACCAGAUAAAACAUUCCCCGAAAUACGUAGAUAUUCUUACCUCAAAACUGAAACAGAAACUGGUGGCCAUUGACAAGAUGAAGGACACGGAGAAAGUUAUGCAUGAAAGGGCAAUCAAUUUCCGCCAACAGAGUGUCGAUUUGAAGCCAACACUAGCCAAAAUCAUCGAGCAGACCGGAAUCUUGCAGGGCCAGAUCGAGAAGGAUAUUUCUAAACGCUACAAGAAUCGAGUUGUCAAUCUGUUUGGGACCAAUUUGUAAAGCUGGGAAAAAUUAGGGAAAUACAAAUAUCUGACAUGGAAACUCGGAUUACUUUUUUU